AUGGCAUCAUUCUCCUUCGGAUUCGGCGGCGAUGACAUAGAAGACGACUCCGUUCCCGUCCCGGCCGCCGAGGCCUCCGCGCCCGCCCCGGAGCCCGAGACCCCGCAGUCCGCUGCAACAGCCAGCGCCUUUCCGGUGCCCGGCAAACCCCAGCUGCCGCCCACCGCCCACGACCUGCAGGACAUGCUCUCCAGGCUGCCCUCAAAGGUCGCCUUCGGGACCCUGGACGUCACCCUGGACGACGGUAGCCUCAUCAAGAUCCCUCGUCGCGAGCUCUGGGACGUGCGAGUGCAGCUCAUGGCCGAGGAUGAGGCCGCCGGUGACGGUGCCGAUGCCGAAGGCCUCGGCAGCCACGAUGUCAAGACGGGCGUCUACGAGGGCGGUUUCAAGAGCUGGGAGAGCAGCGUGGACCUCGUCAAGGUUCUCGCCAGUGGCCAAUACUUGGACCUGCUCAAGCAACGGCCUCUCCGAGUGAUCGAGCUUGGAUGCGGCACAGGGCUUCCAUCGCUCGCUCUUUUGCAAUGGACCAUGAGGAAUCCAGCGCCGAGAUCGCCACUUUUGCUGACCCUGGCCGACUACAACCCGACAGUCUUGCAACUGGUCACGUUGCCCAACUUUAUCCUCGCCUGGGCUCUGGAACGCAGGGACCAGAACCCCGCCCUGGAGGAGGCCUUCGCGAUGGGAGACGAGCUCGAACUCACAUCAGAGGUCUUGCAGCAGUUCAAGGAGUUCCUGACGUCUUCCCAAAUCUCUCUCAAUUUCAUUUCUGGUGGCUGGUCAGUGGAGCUUGUUGAUCUUCUCUAUGAGACUCAGUCCAAGCUGGACGGGUCCAGCAGUUUCGAUACCCUUCUUAUUGGAGCGGAAACCAUCUACUCGCCCUUCGCACUUGACGCUUUCAACGAGAUGGUCCUUGCCAUCCUCAAUAGAGAACAGAGCCAACGUAGCAACUGCCAGUCGCAGGCGCUGGUUGGGGCGAAGCGGCUUUACUUUGGCGUUGGAGGUUCACUCGAUGAUUUUGUGGAUAAGGCUAGGGGAAGAGGAGCAACGGUAACUCAAGUCAGGGAGGAGGCUGAGGGUGUUCGGCGAGGUGUCGUUCGAUGCACUCUGGGCUCGCCUCGUGAAUAG